CGAGUAUUUUGUGACAUGACUUCAAAGGGCGCUGUUGGUGUGACAGAGAUUGGACAUGACAGUGAAUCAAGAACACUCGUGAAGGGAUAUGAAGUUCCUGGCUCUUAUAAUCGAACGAUUAAGUAUGAGAUUUCUAUCGAGCAGAUUGUCGCCAUUAUGAAUCAGUCAAUCAAUUGUGAGCAGUUUAUAAGGUAUGAAUGUUACCAUAGCAGGCUGUUAAAAGGCUCUUUUGGCUCGUGGGUAUCACGUCAUGGCACAGAGAUGAAUUACUGGGGAGGAGCGGCAGUCAACAGUGGAAAAUGUGCCUGUGGAAUGACCAACAGCUGUGCAGGUGAGGAAACAUGUAAUUGUGACAAGAAUGACAAGGAAUUGCGUGAAGACAGUGGAUACCUGACAGACAAGAACACGCUGCCUGUUACUGAACUGAGAUUCGGAGAUACUGGCAGGACAUUUGGUAAUGGAAAACAAGAGCAUCAGUCUGAGCGUGGUUAUCAUACACUGGGAAAAUUACGAUGUUGGGGUUGA